UACUGCAUCCUAUUGCUUUUAACAAUUUACUUAGUGUACACAGCAUUGCACUUAGUAUCCCUGAUAUAUUAGUUAUUAGGUAUCCAGGGAGAAUAUCUAAUAAAAGUAAAUUGAUAUAUUACAUUACAAUAUUAAUGAUUUCAUGUUUACCGGAGUAGUUCAUUUCCAUCCGUUAAUGGUUUUUCAUAUUAGUUAACGUAUCCAGCGUGUUUGCCAUCAUCAGUUAUGAUUUGAUAUUCUGGAUAAUUUGAAUGUUAACGGAAUAUAUGUUAACAAUUUGUCAUAUAUUAACAGGUAAGUUAAUUAUAAUCUUAUUCAUUUUUGUAUCAUCAGCUUAAGUUUGUACUACAACUGUCCUGCUGCUUUUUGGACUUUGAUGUAUUAGAACAACUGGUUGUAAAGUUCUGCUUAAGGAUACAAAAUACCCAGGAAGACAUGAAUAUACAAACAUGAAAAUAUACUACACAAAGUUACAAGAAAAUAAAAAUAAGUAAAUGAAUACAAUAUUAUCAAUUGUUUUAAACAUGUGUCUGGUGGGGGAAAGUACAUAGUAUGUAAGUCACCUGACUUCAAAAUUCAUUUAUAAAUAAGUAAACAAUUAUACUGAAGAAGUGUCGGGAGUUCAAGGAUAAAGGAAGUAGAAAACACAAACCAAUUAGGACAACGACAAGCUAAUAAUUAACUACACUGUAAAAGAACCACUUGAAGGCAGUUUGUACAAACACAUGAAACAUUAAGUAGAAGUUAACUAACAUGACAGACUCAGACUUGAAAAUGGAUUUUAAAAGAUUGACUUGCUGAAAAUGCCGAGAAUUUCCAAAGAAAAAGGUGAAUCGUUGAAUUUUUACAAAUAUAUUUGCCAGAGGAUUGGAUCUGAGGAGGUCGUGAGAGUUAGAAGGUUGACUUUCGUUAUUAGUGACAUUGGACAAAAUGAAACAAUAAUUACUAGUGGGAGUAAAGGCGAAGGACUCAAUUUUAACAGUAGUGAUUUGGAUAUUAUGUUUAUUGAUCCGUAUGCAAGAGUAUAUGAAUCCGAAACAGAAGUUGUAAAGAAAGGCGGAAGGUUACCGUUCAUUAUGAAUGCUGACGAGACACAACCAUGUUUUACACAAUUAUAUCUUGUAACUCGUCAUCAGAAUCAGACACUAGUAAAGGUUUCUGAUGGAGUUUUGAAUAUGUUAGAAAUAAAUCAUCUUGGAUAUGUGCUUUCAAGUGAACAAUAUAAGCAGUUUCAUUUGUCAAAACGUUUUCGUGGAAAAUGGUCUGCAAAAAUUCAUGGUCCGUGUAUUGCAGAUGAAUAUGAUAACACUGAUUUUGCAUGGUGUCUAAAAUGUGACAAAUGGAUUCCUCUAGCAAGACCAUGGGUAAGUAGACCUCGUACAGCAUGGCCUUCACCUGAACUAAUUUCCAAAAUAGUAUCCUGUGGUGUUUUAUUUGUUCCAAUUGGCUGCAAAGGGUCUAUAAAUGAAAACCUUGAAUGGCGAGUUUCAUUUUCUGUAGCAGAAAAAUUUCUUAUAUUUUCCUUCAGUCAUACGCAAUUAUUAUGUUAUACUCUGUUAAAAAUCUUGCUGAAGGAAAUAGAAGAGAAACAUGAGGAUUUGAAAGGUUUGUUGUGUUCAUAUUUCAUAAAAACACUUAUGUUUUGGAUUUCAGAAGAAACAGAUCCGUAUUCAUGGAGACCAGACAAUUUCAUACGAUAUUUUAUGGCAUGUCUACAAAGACUGCUAUACUGUGUAAGAUACUCAAUAUUGUCACAUUAUUUUAUUCCUGAAAAUAAUUUAUUCUCUCUACGGUUCAAUACUUAUAACAAAGAAAAAAUUACCACCAUAAUUAAGAAUGUAUAUGCGAAAGGAAUUAAUUGCUUUGCAUCUUCUAAUAUUCUACAAGAUAAUCAAAGCCGAUCCUACGAAAUCACCGAAUCGUUAAUAAGCGAAAAUAACAGAUUCUUACAAUUAGCGUCAAUAUUUCCUACUAUUCGUUUUUAUGGUAGAGUUAAUAGAUUUGCGAGACUGUUGUAUGAAUUUCUACAUCACUCCAGAACUGAUUUAUCUAAAGGAUUAUUCACUUUACAAUUAUCAGCUGCAUCUAUGCUUGUUCCAGAAGCAACACAAUAUCCAAAUUGGACAGGAAAUAAAUACCAUUACUUAAUGUACAAACAUGAUUUGAGUCAUUUAAUGAUCGGUUUACAUUCAGAUGCAGGGUCAGGAUGGCUGAUGUUAGCUUCUUUCUUCUAUGUUCACAAAAAUUACAUAGCUGCAUUAACUGUAAUUACAUAUACAUUGCAGAAAUACACAGACGAGAAGAUUUAUCUGAGAUUUUUAAAAGAUAAGAAUGUCACACUAAAUUAUAUUCAACAUCAUGUGGUAAAACUAAUGAAUAAAGACAAACUACAUACAUUAUUAAAAACAUUAACACUUCAUAUGUUUACAUUUCAUUCUAAAUCGUCACUAGUUCCGCAAGAAAUACAGCAAGAUGUUUCAAGCACGCCUAAUAUGUAUGAUCCGUUGCCAUUUGCACUUUUCCUUUACUUCCUAUGCAACUACCAUCUACAUGACCUAACAUCAUGUAGAAAGUUCUUACAACGACUUAAACAUGCUCAAUGGACACUUUUAAACUGUGGUACUAAUGUUUUUCAUCCUCAAUCCGUGAACACAGUUAUCUUAUAUGGCAUAGCGCACCAGUUAAUGGGUGACACAAACGAUGCUAGACAUGCUUUCCAAGUAGCUGCUGGACUUGAUAAGUAUAAUUUAACCAGUGCAGCAUCAAGACUGUCUAGUCUCAUCUAAUUAUAUCCGACUUUUCAUUUUAUAUGUUAAUUAGUACAGUUUCGACUUUUAAUGAAAUAUUCAAACAAAGUAGAUCAUGACCAAACUUUGUUUUCUGUUCUGACAAAUGCAAAGGAUACAAUAAAACUUUGGACAUGAUAAGCUUACAUACAUUAAUUAGGUUGAUACUUCAUCCCAUAAAUCACAGUAAAAUUAAAGCAGUUUUUGGAUCUUUGGUUGGGAGAUAAACUUUUAUUGAUUGAUUUUCAUCAAUACAUAAUUUGUUACUAGUAUACACAUGUAAUAAGAUUAUUUUAGUUAUUUGAUUAUCUCUAUGUGGUUGCUUGUCAUAAACCAUAUUGUAAUGUUUAAUGUCAAUACACGAUGAAUUGAAUUGAACUGAAUUAAAAUCCUUUAUCUAGACAAUUUGUUGUGAUAAAGAAAGUUGAUUUUGUUA